GCAAUAUGUAUGCAAGACAUUGCACAGGUAACCAAUCCUGUUACAACCAACACUCAAACCAACCCACCAUCAGGAAACAGGCUAGUUAAGCAGGAGCCAUUAGUAAAUACAUGUGGCACAAACAAUGCUCAGGAUUUUGCAAACUACCUCAUCCGCAAAGAGCUAGUAAGCACAGGGCUCAUGCAUUUCGACGACAAACCCGAAAACUAUUGGGCAUGGAAAACCUCGUUUAUGGAUGCGACCAAAGAGCUAAAUCUGUCGCCCAGGGAGGAAUUAGACUUGUUAGCGAAGUAUUUGGGUCCAAAAUCAUCCGAACAGGCUAAACGCAUUCGCGCUGUACACAUCCUUAAUCCAGCUGCAGGUUCUUUGAUGGUCUGGCAGCGCCUUGAAGAGUGCUACGGCUCACCUGAGGUUAUUGAGGACGCACUCUUAAAAAAGGUAGAGGACUUCCCAAAACUAACAAAUAAAGACAAUGUUAAACUACAAGAGCUUAGCGACAUCUUAAUGGAGCUACAGUGUGCUAAGCAAGAUGGCGCUUUACCAGGACUAGCAUACCUGGACACAGCUCGAGGAGUCAGACAAAUAGUUGAGAAACUACCCUUUAACUUACAAGAAAAAUGGACAUCUGUAGGAACGCAGUACAAAGAGACCCAUAGAGUGUCGUUUCCCCCUUUCUCAGUUUUUACUCAGUUUGUUCAGCAUCAGGCGAAAAUGAGAAACGAUCCCAGCUUUAUGUCUAGUCCAAACAGCCACGUUCCAUCUCAUGCAGAAAAACUGAGACCAUAUAGCCGCAAAACUACUGUGUCAGCUCAUAAAACUGAUAUCACAGCAGAGCCUAAUCAAAGUAGUCUAAAACCAUUGGAGGAACCGGAUCGACAGUGUCCGAUCCACAAAAAACCACACCCACUUAAAAAGUGUAAACUUUUCAGAGAAAAACCUAUUGAGGAAAGGCAGGCAUAUCUGAAAGAGCACCACAUCUGCUACAGGUGCUGUGGGUCAGUCAGACAUAUUGCAAAAGACUGCAAAGCAACAGUUAGGUGCACAGAGUGCGACAGCUCGAAACACUUAUCUGCAAUGCACCCAAGUUCUCCUCCCGCUCCAGAGAGUGCUGAACGGGAAAAUUUUGUACAUGAAGAGCAAAAUGAAAGUUUACUUUCAGGCUCUCUUUCAGUUGUUUCAAAGUGCACAGAAAUAUGUGGCCAAAGUGAUUUUUCGCGUUCGUGUUCGAAGAUAUGUUUAGUUAAAGCAUACCCUGCUGGGCAGAAAGAGAAGGCCAUUAAAAUGUACGCUGUGAUAGAUGAACAGUCCAACAGGUCACUAGCUAAAUCAGAGUUUUUUAACCUUUUUGAUAUCAGGGCCAGACCUGAGCCUUAUAUGUUAAAGACUUGCGCAGGAAAUGUACAGGUUUCCGGAAGGAGAGCUGUAAACUUCUCCCUUGAAUCUGUGGAUGGAAAGGUUAACAUACAGCUACCACUAUUAAUAGAAUGUGACUCUGUUCCAGAUGACAGAACUGAGAUACCUUCUCCUGAAAUCGCGCAGCAUCACCCACAUCUUCGCCCAGUUGCAGAUAAGAUCCAACCUGUUGACCAUCAGGCUCCCAUCCUUUUACUCCUAGGUAGGGACAUUCUCAGGGUCCAUAAGGUACGUGAGCAAAUCAACGGGCCCAAUAAUGCUCCUUAUGCCCAAAGACUAGAUUUAGGUUGGGUAAUUGUGGGGGAGGUGUGUUCGGGAAAAACGCACGGUCAGCCAGAGGUAAAUGUUUACAAAACACACACCUUAGAUAAUGGUCGUGCAUCCUACUUUCAGCCUUGCCCGAACAUAAUUCAUGUUAAAGAGAAUUAUGGGGUUGUGUUAGAUGCUUUCUGUGACACAGAUGAUUUAGGACACACUGUGUUUAUUAGAUCUGAGCGUGAUGAUACACGAGCUAUGUCGAUCGAAGACAAAGAUUUCCUAAUGGUGAUGGACAAGGAAGUCUACCAAAACGAAGAGAACAGUUGGGUUGCACCUUUACCCUUUCGUUCUGAGAGGAAGAAACUCCCAAAUAAUAGAGAACAAGCUCUAAAACGUCUCUCCUCGCUGAAAAAGACAUUGAUAAAAAAAACAGAGAUGAAGGCUCACUAUGUCCAGUUUAUGCAGAAAAUGUUGGACAACGGCCAAGCUGAACUAGCUCCACCUGUCACAAUAGAUAAGGAACUCUGGUAUCUGCCCACAUUUGGCGUAUACCAUCCUCAGAAGCCAGAACAAAUCCGGGUAGUGUUUGACUCGAGUGCAGAGUGUGACAGGGUGUCCCUUAACCAAGUGCUUCUCAGUGGACCCGAUUUGAACAACUCUUUGUUAGGAGUUCUGCUACGGUUUCGUAAAGAGCCAAUAGCCCUGACAGCCGAUGUGGAGCAAAUGUUUUACUGCUUUGUUGUUCGAGAAGACCACAGAGAUUAUUUGCGCUAUUUGUGGUUUGAGGACAACGACAUUACAAAAAACAUAGUCGAGUUCCGAAUGAAAGUUCACGUAUUUGGAAAUAGCCCGUCCCCUGCUGUUGCGAUUUACUGCAUGAGACGAGCAGCACAAGAGGGUGAACGAGAACAUGGCUCUGAUGCGCGUCAGUUUGUUGAGCGUCAGUUUUAUGUCGAUGAUGGUCUCACAUCGGUUGCCACAUCUCAAGAUGCAAUCGAUCUGCUUAAGAGAACUCAAAACAUGUUGGCGGAAUCAAACCUACGCCUUCAUAAGAUAGCGUCAAACUGCAGUCAAGUCAUGGAAGCCUUCCCUUCCGAGGAUCGUGCAAAGGACUUGAAACAUUUAGAUCUAGGAGUAGAUCCCCUCCCAAUUCAGAGAACCUUAGGACUCUGCUGGAACCUACAAGCUGAUAGCUUCACUUACCGUGUAUCAGUUGCGACCAAACCAUUCACACGUAGGGGCCUACUGUCAGUGGUAAAUAGUCUCUAUGACCCCUUGGGCCUGGUUGCUCCUGUCAUAAUGCAGGGCAAAGCAUUACUGAGGGAGCUUUCAUCUGAAGUUAGGGACUGGGAUGAACCGCUAAACCCCAUAAAACAUGAAAUGUGGGAUGCAUGGAAAAACUCAUUGAAAGCCCUUGAAAAUCUCCAAAUACCAAGGUGUUACAGCUCAGGUACUUUAAGCACAGCUAAGCUAAAAGAGCUUUGCAUUUUCUCUGAUGCUUCUACUGUGGCUAUAGGGGCAGUAGCUUAUCUGCGAACAGCUAGCGAUGAAGGACAGUACCAUGUCGGCUUUAUAAUGGGAAAGUCUAAACUUGCACCCCGUCCCGCACACACAGUACCGCGCCUAGAACUUUGUGCUGCUGUGCUUGCCGUGGAAAUGUUUGAGCUCAUUAGGGAAGAGCUAGACAUCAAAGUAGACUGUGUGAAGUUCUACACAGACAGUAAGAUUGUGUUAGGAUAUAUACACAACACUUCCAAGCGAUUCUACAUGUAUGUUGCCAACAGGGUUACACGUAUCAGAGCGUCCACACAACCAAACCAAUGGCAUUACGUACCAACCGAGUUGAACCCAGCCGACCAAGCCACUAGGUUUAUCCCAGCAGCUGAACUGCAGAACACUUCCUGGUUCUCAGGCCCACCAUUUUUGUAUCAUGACACAAAUUCAGAACAACCCAACAUUGGUUCUUUCACGCUCAUUGAACCUGAGAAAGACAAAGAGAUACGUGCAGAAGUAAAAGCACUAAAAACUACAGUUUUAGGGUCACAUCUUGGCUCUCAGCGUUUUGAGAGGUUCUCCAGCUGGACCAGAUUGUGCAGAGUAUUAGCCAGACUCAUUCAUAUCGUCUCAUCUUUUAAACAAAAGAAAAGUGGAUGGAACAGUUUCAGGGAGACUCCAAGCAUCCAAGAACUCAAACAAGCCACGGUCGUUAUCAUACGGGCUGUCCAGCAAGAUGCCUAUGAGGAGACAAUUAGAAACCUUAAAGAAGUCAAACAGGCAAAUGUGAAACUUGACACGCUCAGAAAGCUCAACCCUUUAGUUGACAAAGACAACCUCUUGCGAGUAGGGGGACGUCUCUCCUCAGCUGAUCUCACUGAGAACGAAAAGCACCCUCUUAUUUUCCCGUCCUCCAGUCACAUCGCCACACUACUAGUAAGAUACUUUCAUGAACAAGUGUCUCAUCAGGGGAGACACAUGACUGAGGGAGCUAUCCGGGGUGCUGGGUUUUGGAUUGUUGGAGCGAAGCGCCUUGUAUCUUCGGUCAUUCAUAAGUGUGUUACAUGUCGAAAGUUGCGAGGAAAAAUGCAGGUUCAGAAAAUGGCAGAUUUGCCUGCUGACCGACUCAUUCCUGAACCACCUUUUACCUCUGUCGGUCUAGAUGUGUUUGGACCAUGGACAAUUGUGACUCGUCGAACAAGAGGUGGUUGCUCUCAAAGUAAACGCUGGGCUGUGUUGUUCACGUGCAUGUCAACCAGAGCCGUGCACAUCGAGCUGAUAGAGACUAUGUCUACUGAUAGUUUUAUAAAUGCACUGAGAAGGUUCUUCGCUAUUCGUGGCCCAGCCAAGAUGCUACGUUCGGACAGAGGCACAAACUUUACAGGGGCUUGUAAAGAGUUGGACCUAGAAAAAGAAAACUCAGGUGUAGGGAAGUACCUGCAAGGAAGAGGUUGCAGUUGGAUUUUCAACCCUCCCCAUGCGUCGCAUAUGGGAGGUUCGUGGGAGCGCCUCAUAGGGAUUGCCAGGCGCAUUCUGGACACAAUGUUGUCACAAACUGAAUCAACACGUCUCACUCAUGAAGUCUUAAGCACCUUUAUGGCUGAGGUGACGGCAAUUAUUAAUGGAAGGCCACUGGUUCCCAUCUCCACAGACCCUGAUUGUCCUGUAGUACUCACCCCAGCAAUGCUAAUUACACAGAAGGUGAGUGCUGUUUCUGCACCAUCUGGGAACUUCUCCACAGGACAGUUGUUUGGGAAACAGUGGAAACAUGUUCAGCACCUUGCUGAUACUUUUUGGAAAAGGUGGAAAGGACAAUAUUUGCCCACCUUGCAAAGUCGCUCAAAAUGGACUGAAAACAGACCCAAUGUUAGAGAAGGAGAUGUAGUCCUGCUGAAAGAUCCUCAGGCCAGCAGGAAUGAAUGGCCUAUGGGACUAAUAAUAAAAACCUUUCCCAGCAGGGACAUGAAGGUCCGCAAAGUGGAAGUGAAGGUUGUACAAAACGGGACUGUAAAGGUGUUCUUAAGACCAGUUUCUGAAGUUAUUGUUUUGCUUUCUGAAACUGAGUAAUCAUCAUUUGUUCCUCAACAUCCGAGUGUUGUUAUUUUUGUGUGUGACUAUGUUAUGAUGGUUGUUGUGAUAUAAUGUGAUUAUAUCAAGCGGGGAGUGUUCUGUCUUUUGUUAAGACAGUAAGAAAUUCAUACCAUGAAUAAAUUACAUAAAUAAGAUAUUAAAUAAGUUCAUAGUUAAAAAUUAGUUUGAAGAAAUCCAGGGUAAAAACCGUUAUAACAGUUUGUGGUUUACAUUUAAUCCGAGUGAGACAUCUCUUCUCUGUUAAAUGUGUUUGUUAUUUAUGUGAGGUAGUGAGUGCUCUCACUUUGACAAAAUCUUUGACGUAUUUUUUCUCUGGGAUAACGUGCUCAUGAAACUGCUCGUGUUGGAUUGUAGAUUUGUUCUUCGUGCUUCUGCUUUGGGAAACAUUCGUCUUUUUACAAGAUAAAUUAAGAAAUAUUCAACCGGAUUGGUGAAUAAAGGUUCUUCCGAGAACACAAGAAAAGAAAGCCUUGUGUGGGGAACUUUUUUCUUUAAUUGUUCGCUGGCUGUCUAGCAGCACAUAGGCACGUGGUGUGAGGACAGCACAAUUGG